UGUUCCUGCCAGCUUGAGUCCCGUGUGACCUUUACAUCCGAAACUCUGUUCCCAUGCCCGUCUGAUUCAGGGGCCGCGCCUCGCUUACGCAAUAUACUCGAAAAACUUGCUCUGAAAGACGUCUUUAUAAGGAUUAAAUAAAAAGCAUGAAAACCAGUUCUUGGAAAAUACUGGAAAUGCCACGUGUAGUGAUGCCAAACGGUUAUUAAUGUGGUGCACAUCUCUCUCCCAUCCUUUUCCUUUAAUAACCAUGCAGUCAUAUGUUGUGUUGCAGGAAACCGAAGAAGCGUUGGGCCCCAGGUCGAUAACGAAAAGAAGCACACGCUCUGAAAAUAUGGUGGAGGUGUACAGCGUGAAGGUGGAGUGCACGGUGACGUCUCGGUUCGCCCACACCGUCGUGACCUCCAGGGCUCUGAACAAGGACAACUCCUCCCAGGAGAUCUUCUUCGACGUCGAGCUGCCCAAGACGGCCUUGAUCGUCAACUUCAGCAUGGAAAUUAAUGGCGAGCUGUAUGUCGGGGCGGUGACGGAGAAAGAGAAAGCCAAGAAGCAGUACGACAAGGCGGUUUCCUCCGGUCAGACUGCGGGACUGGUCAAAGUUUCUGGAAGGAAGAUGGAGACGUUUUCAUUGUCGGUCAACAUCGCAGCCAAGAGCAGCGUGACUUUCAUCCUGACCUACGAGGAGCUCCUUCAGAGGACACUGGGCCAGUAUGAGAUCCUGAUUCGAGUCAAACCCAAACACCCGGUGCAGGAGUUUCAGAUUGUGGUAAACAUCUAUGAGCCUCAGGGCCUUGCUUUAGUUGAUGCCACUGCAACCUUCCUCUCCAACGAGCUCCUCCCCCUGGUGGACAAAACCGUCACUGACAACAAGGCACGCAUCUCUUUCUCACCAACACUGGAGCAGCAGAGGAAAUGUCCAGGAUGUGAAGGAACCAUCAUUGAUGGAGAUUUCAUCAUCAAGUACGACGUGAAACAAAAAGAGGGACUCGGGGAAAUUCAGAUUGUGAAUGGGUACUUUGUGCACUUCUUCGCUCCACCCAACCUGCCCAGAGUCCCAAAGAACGUGGUGUUUGUGAUCGACAGGAGCGGAUCGAUGAGUGGAAGUAAGAUUGCGCAGACCCGCGACGCACUGGUGGCCAUCCUGAAAGAGCUCCACGAGGAGGACCACUUUGCUCUGGUCCUGUUCGAUGAUAAAAUCUCCACCUGGAAGGAUUUUCUGACCAAAGCGACGCACGGAAACGUGACUAAAGCCAUCGCCUACGUCAAGAAGCUCAGGGACAACGGAUCCACCAACAUCAAUGACGCCGUGCUGAGGGCAGUGAAGAUGCUGAAGAGAGAAAGUCGAGAUAUGAACCUUCGAGAGAGGAGAACGGACAUUAUUAUUCUACUGACAGAUGGGAUGCCAAACAGCGGGGAGUCCAACCUGAAGACUAUUCAGGAGAACGUGCGCUCUGCUGUCGGGGGGAACAUGACUCUGUUCUCUCUGGGAUUCGGAAACGAUGUGGAUUACUCCUUCCUGGAUGUGAUGUCCAGACAAAACAAAGGAGCAGCCCGCCGGAUCUUUGAGGGUUCAGAUGCAGCCGUUCAACUCAAGGGUUUCUACGAGGAGGUGGCCAGCCCUCUUCUCUUGGAGGUCGACCUGCGUUAUCCUGAACAAGCCGUGGUCUCCGUCACCAAAACCCACUACAGCCAGUUGUUCAACGGCUCGGAGAUCGUGGUGGCCGGUCGGCUGACGGACAGCGGCGUGGACAACUUCUUGGUGGAGGUGUUCGCCCAGGGGCCUGAGGAAGACUUCCGGGUGCAGGGGACGCCCAGUGUGGUGAACAUGGAUGUGGUCUACCCAGACCAGGAGUACAUCUUUGGGGAUUUCUCCGAGCGUCUCUGGGCCUACCUCACUAUCCAACAGCUGCUGGAGAACAGUGACAUUGGAACUCAGCAGGAGAAAGACAACGCGACGGCCAAGGCCCUGGACUUGUCCCUGAGGUACAACUUCGUGACCCCUCUGACCUCCAUGGUGGUCACCAAGCCUGAAACCGAGGACGGACCGGUCAGCCCCCUCAUCGCCGAUAAGCUGACCGAGGACCAGCGACAGAAAGCAGAGAGACAAAGAGGUUUCUCUUCCCGUGGUAGCAGCUCCCGGGGUAGCAGCUCCCGGGGUAGCAGCUCCCGGGGUAGCAGCUCCCGGGGUAGCAGCUCCCGGGGUAGCAGCUCCCGGGGUAGCAGCUCCCGGGGUAGCAGCUCCCGGAGCUAUUCAGAUGUGGACGGAGAUCCUCACUUCAUGAUCGGCUUGCCGGGUAGAGAAGACGCUCUGUGCUUCAACGUCAACGACAAACCAGGAAGCAUCCUCAACCUGGUUCGAGACCCAAAAUCUGGCUUUGUGGUGAACGGCCAGAUUAUUGGCAAGAAGAACGCCGUUCAGGACGGGAACAGCCGCACCUACUUUGGUCGUUUCGGUGUCCUCCACCCGAAGCUGCGCCUGAGGCUGGAGGUGAGCACGCGGGACAUCGUGCUGUUCCACGAGGGCGAGCAGACGACGCUGCUGUGGUCCGACACGGCCUCCAUCACCGGGAGGAAUGUGGACGUCAGGUUAACGGAGGACGGCAGCCUGACGGUGACCCUGAGGCACUCGGUCAGAUUCAUGAUCAUCAGACACACGAAGGUCUGGAGGAGACUCCACGAGCAACAGGACUACCUGGGCUUCUACACCCUGGACAGCCACCACCUGUCCGCCUCCGUCCACGGGCUUCUGGGUCAGUUCUACCACGGCAUCGGGUUUGAGGUGACGCCGCUGCAUCCAGGUGAGGUCCGGGAGACGACGGACGCCACCAUGUACGUGAAGGGACAGAUACUCAACGUCACCAGACACUGGCAGAAGGACUUCAGCAGGGACGUGAAGAACGGAGAAAACAUCCCCUGUUGGUUUUUUGACAACGACGGAGCCGGCCUCAUCGAUGGAAGAGCCUCGGACUACACCGUGUCGGGGCUUUUUACGGCCGCUUUUUGAGUCUCGCUUAUUAUUAUUACAUUCCUGAAGAAACAUUCUGAAAAACCAAGAGAAUUGUAUUUUUUUUAAAAUAUGAAGCGGUACACAAUUCAUGAUUAUAGAACUUAUAACAGAACAUUACUGACUAAAGAAUUACAAUAUUACUUAUAAUGUUUGUGAAAAGUAGAACGCAGGCGGAUGGAUUUACUGAUAUAUAAUGUGGUAGAGCUAUAUAUAUAAAGUGAUAAUAAACUUUACUUUACUUUAUUUUACCCUGUAUAUUUAGUAUUUAGUUUUUUAGUAUCGUUAUUGUGUUUUGUGUUUUAUAUUUAUUUCCAUUGAUGCUCUGAUGUGCACCACUGCUUUGAUUUUUUAAAUGUCCCCACUGUGGGACAAAUAAAGGAAUAUCAAGUUCCUUUAUGUUAUUAUUUAUGCUGUGAUUUGUCAACAUGUCUUUGUGAAAUAUUGUUAUGGACGUAUGAUUCUCCUUCAUUGCCAUGUAAUUCCAUGCACCCUUAAGUAUCUUAUUGUCAUUUAAUAAUUCAAAGUUUGUCUCGGUG